AUGGGCGAAGAUGAAAUCGAAGACGGGCAUUCUGUUAGAAGCACGGCUAAGCCCUCAAAAAUUGUGACGACACCGAAGACGUGGGAUCCCGUUUACUCAACCAAAACUCCUACGAAACCGAUUGAUGCUUUGAAGCUUUUCUUUGACUCUGAAGUGAUUGAGCUGAUCGUAAGCGAAACAAACCGCUAUGCUCAGCAGAACAACCGACACGACUGGCGCGACCUGGAAAAGAGUGAACUUGAGGCAUUCCUUGGGAUGCUCCUUCUUAUGAGCGUGAAUCCGAUGUACCACUUUUACCUGUAUUUGGACAGCGAUAGUUUUUUCGCAAACCACGAAAUAUUGGGCGUGAUGACUCUGAAAAGGUUUCAAGACAUACUGAACUGUCUGCAUUUGAGUGACAACACUAAAGAGAAGAAAAGAGGCGAAGACGGCUACGACAAACUCUGGAAGGUGAGGCCCUUGAUUGAGGCUCUGAACCAGCGGAUUGUCACUUAG